AUGACUGGGGUAGAGGCGGCUGGGCUAGCCUUAGGGGCAAUCCCCCUGCUGUUGUCAGCGCUUGAUCACUGUCGACAAACAGCAGAUGUACUCAAGACAUGGUGGAAGGUCAAAGUUGAUUACCGUAAAUGCAUGCAUGAUCUCACCUAUUAUACGGAUGAAUUAAAGAGCCACCUGGAGGAACUGCUUCUUCCAAUGAUCGCUGAUGAUAAGAAGCUCAAGCAAUUGCUGGAUGAGCCAGGAGGAGCGGCCUGGUCCGAUCCCGAAUUGGAAGCUGCACUGCAGCGAAGAAUGCCGUCAAGAUAUGAGUCGUAUGUCAAUACAAUCCACCUGAUAUGUGAUCUCAUGGAAAAGCUGGACAAAGCGCUUGGAACAAACAAUUUGGAAUUCCAGACUUACGUAUCUGAAGACCCAACUUCCAGUGCAAACGGCAUGCCACGACGAACUCUCGCACGGCUAGCACCUAUAACACUAAGUUCAAACAAUUUGAGAGCACAGCCUCAAAGACUCCGACAUGCUCUUAACAGAUCUGUGAGAGAAGAGCUCUUCAAGAGAUUUGGUGAAUACAACUCCCGCUUAGGGAAUAUACUCGGAGCAUCAGACCGAGUCUCGGGCUUGAUUGAAGCGCAACCUGCGGAAACGAAUGCUUUGGAAAGAAGCUUGAGCAAGAUUUGGUAUCAUGGGAAUGAGAUAUACAGGCUGUUGGUAAAGGCAUUCCCAUGCCAAUGUGAGCCUCCGCAUCAGGCAAAUAUGCUUUUGCAGCAUGCAUCUCUUCCAACAGUUACUUUUCAAAUGAUUUUCGGGUACAAAGCACAGUUGUCAACGCGACAAGUUCCCUGGACCUGGCAACUGACAAGCAUUAGUCUGAUGGAUGAGUCGAUGAAUGCUCCCGGAACACGAGAUCCAGCUAGCCCAGCAGAGCCACUACCGAAUGUAAACCAGAAAGACAACCCGAAGUCUAGGCUCGGGACUUUAUCCAAAUACUUCAAAAGCAAGAUACCAAGACCCUCAACGAAGAUUAAGAGUGCCCCAGCUAUUGAGAGCAUUGAUCCCACUGGUUCAAAUGCUAGGAAUCUUUCAGAGCGAGCACAAGUAGCUUUUUCGAGAGGAGAAAUUAACGACGGCUUAGCCAACCCGUCGCAUGAAGAGAUUACCAAUUUGUGCGAAAAGAUAUGCUCGUGUUCGGCCGACCUCAGACCUUACGGCAUUUUGUCAGAAGAAUCCAACCGAUACAUUAUCCAGCCACUUAACAAGUCACACAACGACCCUCUGAAACAGGUGACACUUGAAGGUCUUCUCUCGACCAAAUCUAAACGGCCACUGAACAGGACAGAGCGUUUCAAAAUUGCUUACAUCCUCGCCUCGUCCUACCUACAAUUUUCCUCAACGCCCUGGCUCAGAACAAAAUGGAGCAAACGAGAUGUAAUCUUCUUCUAUGAUCACGAAAAUGAAGACGGUAUUUGCAUCGAUCACCCAUAUGUCUCCAAAACUCUCUUGGGUAGACCGUCAAACGUAAAAGAGCUUUCGGGAAUAAACACUACAAGCACUAUCGCUUUCCGGAAUGGGAUACGUAGUCUGGCUGUGAUCUUGCUUGAGCUUUGCUUUGGUCAAUGCAUCGAGGAUACGGCAGAUUGGAAACAUCUGUUUGGGAAUUUGAAGAGAUGUGAUGAGCAAUUGAAAGAGCGUUUAUGCUAUAGCGUGGCAGAUAAUUGGAGCGGCCGUGUGCUUGGCGAGGCAGGGCCAGAGUACAUGGGCGCAGUAAAUUGGUGCCUGCACCAUGUAUUCUACGGCGGUGCCGACGAGAAAGAUGGUGCCUGGCGGGAAGAUAUGCUUCGAAGGGUGGUGGGUCCUCUGAGGGUCUGUCAUGGCUAUCUCUGCGGCACUGCUCAGGUCGGAUUUUAA